AUCAUAAGCCAAUCAUAAGCCCUCCAUUGAAGCUGUAAACUAAGCUAGUUUUAUCUGUUCAUGCGUUUCUUUCUUGAUAAAAUGGAUCUGCUCGUCGCUCUGCUUGUAUUUUGUGUAGCUGCAUCUUUUUUAGGCAUUGGAAAUGGGAAAAGUGCUUUCAAUGUGGUCAAUUUUGGUGCCAAAGGAGAUGGAAAAACUGAUAAUUCCCAAGCUUUUGGAGCUGCGUGGAAUGCUUUAUGUGGAGCCACUCAAGCUGGAAGCAUACUUCAGAUACCGGCUGGCGAAUUUUUACUGCAGCCCAUUGCCUUCGAAGGUCCUUGCAAAUCAAGCAACCUCGGUAUUCAGGUUUUUGGGAAUAUUGUGGCACCGAAUAGUAUUGAAGAAUGGAAAAAUUGCCAAACAGGUUACUGGAUAUCCUUCACUAACGUGGAUGGUUUGGUGAUAGAUGGAGAAGGAACAAUUGAUGGCAAAGGUUCUGCUUGGUGGGGCAAUGUUAAAAAGGGCUGCCAAAGACCCAAGGCUUUACAUUUCAACAACUGCAACAAUCUUCGACUAAGUGGACUUAAUCAUCUUAACAGUCCAAUGAGUCAUAUUGCGAUUAAUGACUGCCAUGUAGUAUCCAUCUUUAACCUUCAUAUCACUGCACCUGGGACGAGCCCUAACACUGAUGGGAUUGAUAUAUCUGCUUCCACCCAAGUUAACAUACAUGAUUCAUACAUUGCAACUGGAGAUGAUUGUGUUGCUAUCAAUUCUGGUUCGUCCCAGAUCAAUAUUACUUCUGUUGUGUGUGGACCUGGUCAUGGCAUAAGUGUUGGUAGUCUAGGAAAAGAUGGAGCCGAGGAGACAGCGGAAGAGGUUCAUGUGCAGCAUUGCACCUUUCAAAAAACUCAGAAUGGAGCAAGAAUCAAGACAUGGCCGGGAGGAUCCGGAUUUGCAAGGGCAAUCACCUUUGAGCAUAUCACUCUCAUUGAUGCUGGAAAUCCCAUUAUAAUUGACCAGAAUUAUCGGAAGGACGGCCGCUAUCACACAAAUCAGGCAUCAGCAGUAGAAAUAAGUCAAGUGACAUACAGUGAUAUACAAGGAACUUCAGCAGAUAUGCAAGCAAUCACAUUGGAUUGCAGUGUGGUAAUAGGCUGCAAGAACAUUUUAAUGGAUCAAAUCAACAUAACCUCAUCUCUGCCAGGGAAGACAACAUAUGCCUACUGCCAGAAUGCAGAGGGAAGAUCUAGCUCUACAACGCCUAAUGUCCCUUGUCUAAAAAACUGAGAAAGACAGUACUUCCAAAGAAAAUGAACAGAAAAAUCUAGACAUAUUUGAAUUUCAAUGUUGAUUUUUUGAAUUUUGAGCAAUAUUAUACUGAAAAGAAACACCUGAAUGAUGAAGGCAAAAUAUAUCUUGAUUGAAUAUCCGUGGCUUUGUUCAGUUUUGUUCUUUGUGAAAUAAAUCCACCUUUCUAAU